AUGCCUCCGCCGCUGAAGGACAUGCUGCCGCCCGCCGCGGCGGCGACCGAGUGCCGGCUCACCGGACUAGGCACGAUCAAGAGACGCACCAACCAAAGCAAACGCCACCCGUGCACAGUGCGCGUGCACGGCCACCUCACCGUCGUCUACGGGCUGCUGGAGCUGGGGGGCUCACGCACCAGCCGGCCCCUCCACCACCUCCAGGUCCAGUACGAUGAGGACGCGCCCCGGAGCUUCGACCGCACGUUCCUGCUCAACGACCCCAGGACCUUCUUCCGGAGCCGCUCGGCCUGCCGCGACGGGAUCAACCAGAUGCUCACGCGGACGCCGGCCCUCCGCGACUUCGACCUCGCCGCCGCCAACUGGGACGGCGGCUUCCUGCCCGACGACCUCGCCGGAACCAUCACGGGGAGGGCCCGGCUCGACGAGGAAGGCCAUCACGGCGGCAACGCGCCGCGCUUCAGCCUCGACCUGUCCCUGACCGUCUUCGUGCGGGCCGUCUGCAGCGAGGCCAAGCUGCUGGCGCUCGCGUGCAGGGAGGCCACCGCCCAGUGUGGGCUGUCCGUGGCGGACCGCUGCUGCUGCUGCAUAUGUCAGGAUCAGGAUAUCGCGGCUGCUGAGGGCGGCGGCGACGACGAAGGCACCGUGAGGCUGCCAUGCUCACACACGUUCCACGUCCGCUGGCUUGCGCGGUGGUUCGAGGCGGUGACGACGUGCCCCCUGUGCCGCCGUGACAUGGUCGUCCACCUUGAGGCCGUCUACACACACGAUCGAGAGCAAGGCCGUAACCGAGAAACUAAAGGCCCUAUACAAGUAUAA